UCCCGUCCUGCCCUUACUCGACUAACCCUUUCUCCUUCUCUUUCUCUUGCUCUUCUCGAAUCCGAUCUGCCGCUAUUUGAUCCUUCUUUGAUGAAUUCUUCUGCUGCAAAUGACGGUGCCCGGAGCUUGAUUCUCGCCGCCGAUUAAGGAGGCCCCUGAUCGGUCGAUGUUCCAUUCAUCUACACACAUAGGAGCUUUUGUGAAAUUCUAAUGGCUGAUAAUUCGAAGGAAGAUUUUCUGCAGUUGAUCAAGCGUGUUGGAGCGUUUCUCACAGUCAAGUUAUCCGAUCUCUUCCGCCGUCUGGCACUACAGGAUUCACGAUCCGUUGGAGCGAUAGCAGGGCUAGCAUUUGCUGUAGUGUUUACUUGGAGAGUAUUAAGAACACCUAGUGGGCCUCAAAGAAGGCAGCCUAAGAGGCAAGCUCCUGCGGCUAGCAAUUCUGGUGUCAACAAUCAUGAAAGCAUUGAUGCUUCAUCCUCAGGAGUUAGUAAUGCUACAGAAGAUUCAAGAACCCAAAAUGUGGUUGAUGAGUUCUUUCAGCCUGUGAAGCCGACACUGGGCCAAAUUGUCAGGCAAAGGUUGAGCGAAGGAAGGAAGGUAACUUGCGGAUUGCUUGGUGUCAUUCUUGAGGAAAGCAGCCCAGAGGAGUUGCAGAAGCAAGCAACUGUUAGAUCGUCUGUUUUAGAGGUGCUGCUUGAGAUUACAAAGAUUUGCGAUCUUUAUCUUAUGGAAAGAGUGCUGGAUGAUGAAAGUGAAAAGAACAUUCUUGCAGCUUUGGAGAGUGCUGGGAUUUUUACAUCUGGUGGCUUGGUUAAGGAUAAGGUUCUCUUCUGUAGCACAGAGAAUGGACGGACAUCUUUUGUCAGACAACUGGAACCAGAUUGGCAUAUAGACUCCAGUCCUGAAAUUAUUACCCAGUUAGCUAGAUUCAUCAAAUAUCAAAUUUAUAUCUCACCCACCAAGCUGGAACGGCCGGCCUCCAAUGUUUUCACUGCCUCUACAUUGGAACAAUUCUUUGGGUGCGUGUGAACAUUAUACAUGGCACGGCACAACAUGUUUAGGUUCUUGUUGCCCCUUCUUUCUUGGACACCAACAAGAAUAACAAGUGAUUUCUGAUUGCCUGCAGUCACCAAUCUUCAGACAAGUAGUAUUUACUCAAGCCUUAAAAAAGUUCGACUAAAUUGUUUAGCUGUCACUUGAAGACGCCGUAUAGUUUGUGUACCUUAACAAGAUGUACUAUAAUUUAGAAUGAACUUGGCUUCUUGUUUGAACACUUCAGCCGCUGCAUGUUGUCUCUGAUGUUAUGUAACCAGGAUGGAUAUUUGAUGCUGCAGCAAUUUGCUCAAUUCUGUGCUUA